AUGGAUAUUGAUACUUCUGGUAAUGAUAACAAUGCCAAUAACAACAAUGCGUCAGGAAAUGGUUUCUCAAGAGACAUAUUUCGCAGCACACCGAUAAAAGACAGAGGAAGCACAUUUAUCGCGUUAGCCACUACAGUCACUGACCUUCACGAGGUUGAGGCAUUCAAAGCUACUGUCAGGAACAAAGAACAAAAUGCCACCCAUUAUGUUUUAGCGUAUCGUAUUUAUCAAAAUGGAAAUUUGUUGGAAGAAAACGACGAUGAUGGCGAAGACGACGCCAGCAUCUUAAUCCUAAACCUCCUAAAAACGCUAGAACUCGUGAACGUCGCAGUGAGCAUACCGCGAUGGUUCAGUGGAAUCUUAUUAGGCCCGGUGCGAUUCGAUUAUUUUGUAAGGUGUGCGCGCGAAGCGUUAGAUCUAGGAAAUUUUAGCAACGUUAAUAACAGUAAUGGUGGCGGUGGAAAUGAAGGUGAAACGAAUACUAGCCAAGCGUCAUCGUCGACUAGUUCGUUAGCGAAUAGAAGAGCUGGCGGACCUAUUAUUGUGAAUGGUGAACGACAGGUAACCACUUCGUCAACAUCAACUACAACCGAUGAUAAUAGAAGGGGUAAUCCGUUAUUACAAUACAUUAGAAAUGUGCCGUGGGAGUAUGGCGAGAUUGCGCCUGAUUUUAUUGUUGGAUCGACUACUUGUGCCUUGUUUUUAAGUCUCAGAUAUCAUCGUCUUCAUCCCGAAUAUAUAUUCACGAGAAUCCAGAUGGUCAUGUAUCAAUUCAAUUUACGGAUUCUGUUAGUCUUGGUCGAUGUUGAUAGCCACCAAGAUCCAAUUCGUGAACUGACAAAGAUAAGUGUGACUAAUAAUUUCACGAUUAUGCUUGCUUGGAGUCAAGAAGAGGCAGGAAAGUACCUCGAAACGUUCAAAGCAUUCGAGAACCGACCUCCUGAUUCUAUCAUGGAAAAAGUGGAGAGUGAUUAUCAUGCAAAGUUAACCCAAUGCCUCACACAAAUACGAUCAGUCAACAAAACAGAUGUAUUGACGCUCUCGUCGCAGUUUGGAUCCCUCAAAAACAUCAUGUCUGCAUCAACCGACGAAUUAUCAACAUGCCCCGGAAUCGGUGACCAAAAAAUAAGGAGACUCCAAGAAGCGUUCACGCAGCCGUUCACGUUGAAUAAGAAACAGAGGAAAAAAAACACCAACAAAUAA